AUGCUCAAAUGUUUCCAGACGCGUAUGGGCCGUCCGUUGCGUGUCGCUCCUCGUGGUCGGUCGCUGAUCCAGUCACUCGCUGCCGCAACGAUCUCCAGUGUCAACGGACCAGUACAAGUCCCUCCUGCGCGUGUGUCUCGACUCCCCGCUACAGCCGCUGCUCUGUUUAGUUCCAGCACUCGAGCACCACCGAAUCGUGGCGUUGUGGCGCUGGGCGACCGUGUGCUGCUGCACAUGGACGGACGACUCUCGGGAGGGGACGCUUUGGACAAGACGCACGAGGGCGCGAGCGCUCCGCUGCAGUUUCUCGUGGGAGCGGGCCACGUGCUGCCGGGCGUCGAACUCGCCGUGCAGGGCAUGACCAAAGGCGAGUCCAAGACGGUGGACAUUGAGCCGGCCAUGGCGUUCGGCGAAGCGAAACAGGUCCUGUCCGUGCCGCUCGCGGAGAUGCAGUUGCCCGAGAAGGAGCGGGAGCGCUUGGCUGUGGGCCACGUGCUGGAGUUCGCUACUGGAGAACGGGCGCACGUUGUCCGCGUCACAAACGAGAGCGUGGACAUUGACUUGGCGCACCCGUACGCCGGUCAAUCGCUCACGGUGACGCUGAAAGUACUGGACCAUGAGCUGCAGGCGGACCUCCCGGCCCACGAACGGCUCGUGCUGCCACACGUGAUUGAAGCAGGCGACGGCGUGACAUUCCCGCAGCGAGGCGACACGAUGGUCAUGCAUUACACGGGCAAGCUGGCGGCCACGGGCUCGGUCUUUGACUCGUCGCGCGACCGAGGCCAGCCCUUUCAGUUCCAGAUUGGCCUCGGUCAAGUCAUUCGCGGUUGGGACGAAGGCGUCAUGCGCAUGAGCAAGGGCAUGAAAGCGACGCUGACGAUCCCGUCGGCAAAGGGGUACGGCGACAAAGGCGCAGGUAGUGUCAUUCCGCCUCAUGCAGACCUGAUCUUUGACGUGGAGCUGCUCGACAUUGUGCGCAAGGGAUGA